AUGAGCGGGGCCUGGGGGGCCGCGGGGCCCGGGGCUCGGGCCGGGGGGGCCGCGGGGGGGGGCUCGGGGGGGGCGGGGGCUCGGGCCGGGGGGGCCGCGGGGGCUCGGGCCCGGGGGGCCGUCACGGAGCAGCAGCAGCGGCAGCGCCAGGGCCUCCCGGGCUCCUUCCAUCGCUGCUUCUCCGCCAUGUGCCGUCUGGAGAUGUUCCCGAUGGCGGAACUUCAAGAAUGGUUGCAGAACAACGGCGAUUCCACGCUAUUACAGGAGAUUUUGCAGCAGACCGUGCUUCACCCGCUUUGUAAUAAAUAUCCUCCUUCAGUGAAGUACAGAAGACGAUUUCUCUCCGAGCUGAUUAAGAAGCACGAACUCACAAGCAGCGAGCCCCUGGAUCAGCUUUAUGAUGCACUGGGCGAAGUUUUAAAUGCUGAAGAGUCCGAGACCUGUCAUAAAAAUUACCUUUUGCCGUCGAAGGAGUACGUUACACUCACAGAAAACGUGGCGAUCAUCUCAGGGGGAACAACCGGUCUCGUCACCUGGGAAGCUGCUCUGUACUUUGCCGAAUGGGCGAUGGAAAACCCUGAGGUUUUUCACGGCAGGACUGUCUUGGAGCUGGGCAGUGGGAUCGGCUUCACCGGCAUUACAAUUUGCAAGACCUGCAGCCCCAAGAGGUACAUGUUCAGCGACUGCCACCCUGGCGUGCUUCAGCAGCUCAGGAAGAACAUCCUCAGCAACGGCCUGCUCCUGGAUUCCUGCGCGUGGAGCCUGCUGGGUCCUGAAGCAGACGUCGAGGGCAGCGUCGAACCCGCAGGGGGACGGACGCUAAACGUAGCUGCUCUCGGGCUGGACUGGGAAGAAGUUAGUCGAGAGCAAAUCGCGCAGCUUCAGGCGGAUGUCAUCGUUGCAACAGAUAUAGUUUACGAUCCUGAAGUGGUCUUUUGUCUGAUUUCUGUACUGGAGAAGCUUCUGAUUCACGCGUCGGAAGGAACUGGGAGACAUCCAGUCAUGUAUGUGGCAUCAACCAUACGUAAUCCAGAAACGUAUCACCUCUUCAAGACAGAGCUUGAUAAGGUUGCAAUCAAACACCAGGUGAUCAAAAGCCCCACCACAAAGGUGUUUCCAUACAACAGAUCCACAAAAAUAGAGCUGCUCAGAUUACAUCAUGAAAAGUAAUUGUCAAGUUUCUGUAAACUUUUUAAAAAAACAAAUAAAGCUGAAAAUUAAAUGGGUAA